GAGCUUUUCGCAGGGCUUCCAACAGCGCUAUGUUGCGACAAAGCAUCCGGAGGUUCACAACCUCUGUGGUCCGUAGGAGCCACUGUGAGGAGGGUCCGGGGAAGAAUUUACCAUUUUCAGUGGAAAACAAGUGGCGGUUACUAGCUGUGAUGACUUUGUACUUUGGGUCUGGAUUUGCUGCACCUUUCUAUAUAGUAAGACACCAACUGCUUAAAAAAUAAUCCAUGAGACAGAUACAAAGAGGAGCAU